GUCUAUAAUCCUUGAAAAGUUUCCACAAAAUGACCCGCCAUGCCCGUAAUUGUACUGCCGGAGCUGUCUACACGUAUAAUGAGAAGAAAAAAGAUGCAGCAGAGUCGGGUUAUGGAACAAAUGCCCAACGUCUUGGCAAAGAUUCAGUGAAAUCAUUUGAUUGCUGCUCCUUAACGUUACAACCAUGUCGAAAUCCGGUUGUCACCAAGGAUGGCUAUCUCUUCGACAAGGAGGCCAUACUCCAAUACAUUAUUACCAAGAAAAAUGAAUAUAGCCGCAAAUUAAAGGAAUACGAACGUCUAAAGAAACAGGAGGAAAAUGAACAGACACAGGAGGCUAGUCGCAAACAAGCCACAGCUGUUGAGGCCUUUGUCAAAUCGGAGAAACCUGUAAAUGGUACCGUCGACAUGCCUGGCACCUCUAAAGAUGCUGCCAAACGUGUAGAGAGUUCCAUCUCCAAUAUGGCCAAUGGUCAUGAAAAGAAAUUGCCUAGUUUUUGGUUACCCUCGGAAUGUCCCAAUGCGGGACGGGCGAAAAUUGAAAAACCCGAUCCCACCAUCUAUUGUCCGGUGUCACAGAGACCCUUAAAGGCAAAGGAUUUGAUAGAUGUCAAGUUUACGUUGCUCAAAGAUGGUGAUCGCAGUAAAUCGCUGAUUGCCAAAGAGGCAAGAUAUAUGUGUCCGGUGACACAUGAUGUACUCAGUAAUGCCAUACCCUGCGCAGUUCUACGACCAACCGGAGAUGUUGUCACCAUGGAAUGUGUGGAGAAAUUGAUAAAGAAAGAUAUGAUACAUCCACUGACCAGCCAAAAGCUUAAGGAAAAGGACAUUAUACCAUUGCAAAGGGGUGGCACUGGCUAUGCUUAUACCAAUGAGAAUUUGGAGGGCAAAGAGAAGCGGCCCAUGCUACAGGUUUAAAUGACAAAAAAUUGGCGAUAUUUUGAUUUUAGAAAAUAGAUUUACUUUUUUAGCUCUAAUAAAUACAUACAUACAUUUUUCAAAGUCUA